GAAUUUUGAUUAUUGAAUAUACUGUGAUAGGGAUGAUUUGAAUCCUUUUGGAAAUCGAAUAAAGUCUGCUAAACAGAAGAAAUAAAUAACGCUAGUGUACGCUUGAUCAUAUCAAGAUCAGCCAAAAGUUCCGUGAAAGUGACAAUUAAAUUAAUAUCCAGUCACAAAAGAUUGGUUUUCAGUGAAUUAGGAAUAAAUCGGCUGCGCCAACAAUCGACUCGUGUGCACAGAAGACUGCAAUGGGAAAAUAAGCGACGAACCUGAUUUCUCUUUUCUCCUCAUAACUUUUCGCCACAACUCAGUCACUUUUUCAUAUUUAUGUGCUUGUGAAACUACCAAACCAACUCGGCGCUUGCUAACGUUUCACAUUUGGAAGCAUCUUCGCAUUUCGCAUGCACCCGUGAAUCGUGUUUAUUUCUAUAUUAUCUUUACUAAUGAAUUAAAAAAAUACUUUAAUAACUUCGCACGGUUGCCUCUUACCUGUCAGCUUCGAAUGGAAAAAGCUUCAUAAUUGAAAGUCUCUCGUUUCCACAUCCAAGCAGGCUACGGGGCCCAUGGGUGCGGUUUUCAAGUUUGCAUUCAGCGAAUUUCCCAACCCGACCUAAACCGACAGCAUCCAUCGUUGCAUGCCCAGUGCAUUUCUCUUGCACAGAGUGCUACUUUCCCGCAGUUGUUUAGUCAAUGUUGCCGAGCCCAUCGGUUCGCAGGAAAUAAAAUAAAGUCUCGUCCGACUAAGCCGGAAGUAUGCGUUAGUGUAGUUUUUCUUCGGCACGUCGUGUUCCUUUUCGCCGUUCAAGGGCCAGUAAAGGUCCGACCGAGAGAAAUAGUGGAUUGAUUUAAUUGAGUUACCCCAAGGGUUUGGUGAAAACCAGUGCGUUAGUUUUAAGCAGUAAAAAAAAUAAACCACAAACUUACGUGAAGGACCUUUCAUCAUCACCUACGCUGAGAGAUCGGAAGUGAACGCAUACAGCUUUCAAAAUGUUAACACCACGGAUACUCAGAAUAGCGAUAGUGUUAUGCGUCAUCAUAGCAAUCUUCUCACACACCACAGACUGCGCUCAGACGAAACGACGAAUCAGACGACCGACCAGUUUGAAAUCGUCGACGGCUUCGUCGAAACAACCGAUCGAGGACAAUCAGAUCGCAAUUAAAAAAAUUGCCCAAGACCGAUCGGAUCAAGCCCCGGCUUCGGCUACCAACCGAUUCCGCGUGCGGUCCAAAACACGUACGGCCCUGGCCGCUGGUGCCGGUGCUGCCGUCCUCGCCAGUGCCACUACCAACGCAUUGGUCACCAAGAAAGUGCAGGAUAAGGAUGGAUAUAAGAUCGUUUGCUACUAUACCAACUGGUCUCAGUACCGCACGAAGCUCGGUAAGUUUGUUCCGGAGGAUAUUCCAGCGGAUCUUUGUACCCACAUCAUAUUUGCAUUCGGUUGGCUGAAGAAGGGUAAGCUGAGCUCGUUCGAGAGCAAUGAUGAAACCAAGGACGGUAAAACCGGACUGUACGACAGGAUGAUGGCCCUGAAGAAGGUCAAUCCCAAGUUGAAGGUGCUGUUGGCUAUCGGCGGUUGGUCGUUCGGUACUCAGAAAUUCAAGGAAAUGUCAGCAACCCGUUACGCACGUCAGACCUUCAUCUAUUCGGCAAUUCCGUUCCUUCGCCAGCGAGGAUUCGAUGGACUCGAUAUGGAUUGGGAGUACCCGAAGGGAUCGGACGAUAAGAAAAAUUUUGUUCUGCUGCUGAAGGAAUUGAGAGAGGCAUUCGAGGCCGAAUCCCAGGAAAUUCGUCAACAAAGGCUACUCUUGACGGCUGCCGUUCCGGUCGGUCCCGAUAAUGUGCGUGGAGGAUACGAUGUCCCUGCCGUUGCCAGUUAUUUGGACUUCAUCAAUCUGAUGGCUUACGAUUUCCAUGGUAAAUGGGAACGGGAAACGGGUCACAAUGCCCCGUUGUAUGCUCCCUCAUCGGACUCUGAGUGGCGUAAGCAACUUUCGGUGGACUUCGCAGCCAAUUUAUGGGUUAAAAUGGGGGCACCGAAGGAGAAAUUGGUGAUCGGUAUGGCAACCUACGGCCGUUCUUUCACUUUGACUAACACGGAUCGGUACAAGGUCAAUUCGCCGGCUAAGGAUGGUGGUAAGGCCGGAGAAUAUACCAAGGAGUCCGGAUUCUUGGCGUACUACGAAAUCUGCGAGCUUCUGUUGAAUGGAGCUGCGUACGUUUGGGACGAUGAAAUGAAGGUGCCGUACAUGGUCGAUGGAGACCAGUGGGUUGGGUUCGAUGAUGAACGGUCGAUUCGUAACAAGAUGACCUGGAUCAAAACCAACGGUUAUGCGGGUGCAAUGGUCUGGACCGUGGAUAUGGACGAUUUCAGUGGAACGGUUUGCGGAGGGAACGUCAAAUAUCCGCUUAUCGGAGCAAUGCGCGAGGAGCUACUCGGCGUGAGCCGUGGCAAGGAGGCUAAGGAUGUGAACUGGUCCCAGGUGGCCGCUACUAUCCAAGAGAAGGAAGAAGAGAAACCAGCUCCCAUCAAAAUCUCCGUUGAAGAGCUACUCAGCAAGGUUCAGAAACCACAGAAGAAAAUCAUCAAACAGGGUCUGGCUACCAUCGAAAAGAACUCUCGUUCAGGCCAAGUGUUCUGUUAUCUGACCAGCUGGUCAUCUAAGCGACCCGGAGCUGGAAAAUUUGAACCCAAGGAUAUUGAUGCCAAGCUGUGUACUCACGUGGUCUAUGCUUUUGCCACUCUCAAGGACCACAAACUAACCGAAGCCAACGAAAGUGAUCCCGACAUGUAUGACGAGGUGAUUGCUCUUCGCGAAAAGAAUCCCGAUCUGCAGAUUCUGCUGGCCAUUGGAGGAUGGGCCUUUGGAUCAACUCCGUUCAAGGAACUUACCUCGAAUGUUUUCCGCAUGAACCAGUUUGUGUAUGAAGCUAUUGAGUUCCUUCGCGAGUACCAGUUCAAUGGAUUAGACGUAGACUGGGAGUAUCCACGGGGAGCGGACGAUCGUAAGGCUUACGUCGAUCUACUUCGCGAGCUGCGUAUUGCUUUCGAGGGUGAAGCCAAGACAUCGGGACAACCGAGACUGCUCCUUACGGCCGCUGUGCCAGCCUCUUUCGAAGCCAUUGCUGCUGGCUACGAUGUUCCAGAAAUUUCCAAAUAUCUUGAUUUCAUCAAUGUUAUGACCUACGACUUCCAUGGACAGUGGGAACGUCAGGUUGGGCACAACUCUCCGCUAUUCCCACUGGACACAGCAUCCGCUUAUCAGAAGAAACUGACCGUAGACUACAGUGCACGGGAAUGGGUCAAGCAGGGUGCUCCCAAAGAAAAGCUACUGAUAGGUAUGCCGACCUAUGGUCGCUCGUUCACCUUGGUUAACCAGACACAGUUCGAUAUUGGAGCACCAGCUUCCGGAGGUGGUAACCCAGGCAAAUUUACCAACGAAGCAGGAUUCUUGAGCUACUACGAAAUUUGUGCCUUCCUGGGAGUGGACAACACAACUCUGGUGUGGGAUUCCGAACAGCAAGUGCCAUUCGCUUACCGCAAGGAUCAGUGGGUCGGAUUUGACGACGAACGAUCACUGAAGACGAAGAUGGAGUGGCUUAAAGAAAUGGGUUUCGGUGGUAUUAUGGUGUGGUCAAUUGACAUGGAUGACUUCUCCGGCCGUUGUGGAAGUGGAAAAUUCCCCCUGUUAAGUGUGCUCAACAAUGAACUGGAAGACUAUAAGGUUCUGCUGGAAUACGAUGGUCCCUAUGAGUCUUCCGGACCACGAGGUGCUUACACCACCAAGGAUCCCAAUGAAGUCACCUGCGCCGAAGAAGACGGUCAUAUCAGCUAUCAUCCCGACAAAAGCGAUUGUACUCACUACUUCAUGUGCGAAGGUGAACGCAAACAUCACAUGCCCUGCCCAGCCAAUUUGGUGUUCAACCCGAAUGAAAAUGUGUGCGAUUGGCCAGAAAAUGUCGAAGGUUGCCAAAAUCAUGGACAGGCUAGUGCCUAAACGGUCCUGGUCUGCUAGGGUGGUAGACACAAUGUCUGAAGCCGCGUCCUAACUUUGACGUACGAUCAAAAUGUAGAACAGACGUUUACGAUCUUUAAUUUUUUUAGGUUCGUAAGCAAAAUAGAAUAGUGCGAUAAUACGAUCAAAACCGGUCCGCGAAAGUUAGGUUCACAAAAAAAAUACUCCAAUCGUUGAUCACCCUCGGAGCAACAUAUUUAUGGGUAAUCUAAGUAUUGACAAACCUGUUGUAAAUAUCUUUUAAUAAAUCUUAAAUUGCACCCGUAUUGCACUCAGCUGAACAAAAAUCAGGUAAUCGAAACAUCCGCGACGCGUGUAGGAAAAUAACCGUCAUCUCGGCUAGUUCACAAAAUCGAAAGGUUUACUUUUUUUCUGAAUGCACAGGACCAUAUACAAUCACAUGAGACACAAACUAUUCGUAGAGCAAAUCUUAGUACCACUCUUUUUAUAUCCUUUACGUUUAACGAAUGCUAUUUAUAUACGAAACAAAUGAGAAACCUCCCCCUUUAAAUAUAAGUAUUGUUAUGAAGAUGGAAAAGCUAGCAAUUUGCGGCAACAGAAAUAAUUCAUAAAAACAAUGGAACUUUAACGAAAGAUGAAUUGCUUUAUUCAUCAGACAAACAAUGUAAACCAUUAAGGGAACCAUCUUUAAAGAAAUGAGCGGAACAAAAACAACAAGAAAAAAUGAGCUUCUUAUUUUUUGUUGAAUUUUUUCAAAGAAUUUUGUUUUCUUUCGGCAACGUUUCACAAAACAGCUAAUUCGCAAAACUCUGUGUAAAUGUGUUUUUGAAUAGAUGUAUAAAAUCUGUGAUAGUUAAGUGUAUAUAAACAGCAAAAACAAAACAACAGAAAAGAAGCACGUUGAACAUCGGACACCGGAAGACUGUGGAAAGCGGAAGAAAGCAUUCGGUGAAAGUAGGAAGAUGAAUGGACUGCUCAUUUUCUAUUAGUAAGAAAAUGUAAGUGGUACUGCGGACCACGUCAGCCAGUAGUUGCAUUAAAUCUUUCGAAAUAAACCGUAAUGUUGAAGUAGGAUGUGCAGAGAAGAACCAUCAGCAAACCGGAGAAAAAAAACAUUGGCGAAAGAAGCGAAACAAAAAAAUCAUUCGGAGAUUAGACAACUUUCCAGCAAGAUCUAGACACUGCCCUCCCGGUAAUUUUAGAAGUCGAAAAACGAAGCGAUAAUCUUUGAGAUAGAAUAAAAUACAAAUAAAUGGUUCCAAUGUGAAAUGCAAUAAUUGUAGUUUACAAAUGGUUCAGAGCGAUUUUUUUGAAAUAAAUAAUUAUUUAAAAAUUUUG